AUGCCUACUGUUUAUAUCAUCAUUUAUUCUGUCUAUCAUCACAUUUACACUUUAGCCAAGGAAGUUCAAAAAGGACUAGAAUCCGAAGGCAUUACUGUCAAGCUAUUUCAGGUGCCCGAAACUUUAUCAGAUGAAGUCUUAAGCAAGCUGAACGCGCCACCUAAGCCUGAUAUUCCUGUCAUCUCUGUAGGCGCGCUUGCCGAAGCUGAUGCAUUCCUUUUUGGUAUCCCAACUCGUUUUGGCACUUUGCCUUCCCAGAUGAAGUCAUUCUUGGAUGCAACCGGUGCUCUUUGGGCUACCGGCGCGCUUUCUGGAAAGUUUGUGGGAACUUUCUUCUCGACUGCUUCUCAGCACGGAGGACAGGAAACCACGGCUUAUACUUUAUUGACAUACUUUGCACAUCAUGGAUUAAAUUACAUUCCUUUGGGCUAUCCUAACAGUCACAUGUUUGACAAUGAUGAAGUCGUUGGUGGUUCACCUUAUGGUGCGGGUACAAUUGCCAAUGGAGACGGCUCAAGAUUGCCCACUGAUAAGGAAAAGGAUAUUGCAAAGACACAAGGCGAACUCUUUGCCAAGCUUCUCAACACGUAUCACCGCGGCUUGGAAAUCGUAAAGAAGGAGAACUCAAAGUCGAUAGCUGAUUCUGCAGUUGCCAAUGCCACAGAGCCUUCAACUAAUCCAGCACCUGUCCAAUCAUCAUCUGCAGGAAAGGAAGAAACAGCUGCUCCAACAACAGAAAAGCCUCAAAAGAGUUCUGAUGAACCCAUCGCACCUGUUAGUGAAACAACACGUCAAGUCGAUGAGAAUCCUACUACAAGUAAUAAUAAUGAAAACAAGAACGUACCCAAAUCGGCUUCAAAGACGAAAUCAAAGAAAGAAAAGAAGUCAUCCAAGUGCUUCUGUAUGUAA